UACCAUAGCUGGCUACUUUUAAAUUUUAUUUUUAGUGUAAUAUAAAUAUAGUAAAAUGAAUUUUUUUAUUUGUUUUUCUUUAUUAUUAAGUUGUUGUGAAUUUGUUUAUCCAUACGUGUUUCCGUCAAUAGAGAAAUGCCACUAUUCGGAUUCGAUUUGUUUAAGAAACUCGUUUCAAAAUGCCCUGCCAAAGUUUGCAGAUGGCAUACCGGAGUUGGGUAUAGAAAGAAUGGAUGAACUGGUUAUACAUGAUAAAACAUAUAAAUUAGGUGGAUUAGACUUAACUAUAAAGGAUGGGAGAUUAAAGGGACUGAAGACCACUAUUUUCGAUUAUGUUAGUAUGGAUAUGGACAAAAAGGUUCUCAGAACGGAUUAUCAUGUACAGAAAUGUUCGAUGAGGGGUAAAUAUUUUGGAGUAGGGAAUAUAAAAGUUUUACCUUUAAAGGGAGGUGGAGAAAUGUUUAUGAAGUUCCGAAAUGUUGCAAUAAAUCAAACUGUUACAUUUGAUAUGGAAAAAAGGGCUAACGGAAAAGUCUACAUCAUUCCCAAUAAAUAUGAAUUCGACUUCGAUGUGAAAGAUUAUGCGCAUUUCAAUUUGACCAAUUUAUUUAAUGGGAAUAAAGAAUUAGGUGAUACAGUGCUCACAUUCCUGAAUAAUAACUGGAAAGACGUAUCUUCAGAGUUCGGUAGACCAAUGAUGAAACAGCAAGCGUCGCAGAUAUUUUCAAAUAUCGUCAAAUAUCUCUCAAAUUCACCUGUGGAUGAAAUAUUCGCUCAAUAAUUUAAACGUGUUUAUGAAUAAAUCUAAAAUUUGUGUGUUUGCCUGUAAGAUCGGAUUAUUGGAAUUAAAUCCAAAAUAUGUCACUUGAGUUACAGAGUUAGGUUUAUAAAAUGUUUUUUAAGUGAUGUAAAGGAGAUAGCAGUUUAUUGUGGAUUGGCAAAAUGGUUAAGUAUUAAACUAUCCU